AUGGCCGACGCCGACGAAGACGCGCUCCUCCGCGCCUCUGCUGCCGGCCACGACCAGCACAACGAGGAUGACGCCGAAGAUGAAGCACAAGAUUUCCGCUUGCUGGCAUCGUUGGCUGGCGGCAGCAAGGCCUCACAAGGCGCACUGUUGAAGCGAGGAACCAAGGACUUCGAGCCGAACCCGACUCAGCAUCAGGCGAAUGUACUCGAUGAAAGUCGACAGGCUAUGCAAGAUGCCCUCAGUUUCGUCCGAUCACAAUCAGCGAAGACCCAUAAUGUGGGUCAGCUCGUUGAGGACCUAAGUGAGGGCAAGAAAUGUGACCUCAGACUACGCAAGGGGCUGGUUGGACGCGAUUGGGACGAUCGAUGCGUGGUGGUAUACAACUUCAAGAGCACAUUCGGCAGAACAUUUGGUCGAGCAGAUUUUCGCUCGUGGACCUGGCUGCUGCCGGAAGAAGCACUGUUCCUGCUCGAGAGAGGCACGCUGGACAUUCGGUGGCCGGACUUGCCAAAUGACGACGAUGAAGACCCAUCAGACGACGAGGACGACGACGAUGUUUCAGUUGAGACUGAAAUCGACGUGGACUCUGAAAAAAAACCAAAACACACAUACACACCACUUGACGAGCUCCCCAUAAGCUUACAAGGCGCAUACGCAACCUUUCUAGGAAGAAGCGGCCUCAACAUGGAUCGCUGGCUCGUAUACAGCAACCUCCGACGAUUGGGCUACAUUGUGCAUCGAGCCCCAGGCUGGUAUGCGGCCGAAGACGCCCACACAAACAGCCACAUCUCCGACUCGAGUCCCAUCCCUCUACCGUCUCGCUUCCCCCAACCACUAUCGCGGACCCCUGGCCUCAUUUCUCGCCUCCUCAACUUCAUCAGUAAUCCCCGCCUCGGGCCCUCCUGCCCAUCUCAUGGGCCCCUCUUAAGCCCAGGCCUACACAGAUCAUAUAACGACAUCUACCGCUCUCUCGCCCUCAUCCCGUCCUACAAGACGCCCAAACCAUCUACUGUCUCCCUUUUACCACCACCGCCACCAACAGGUACAACAAUCUCCUCACCGCAACCGCAACAGCCCACCGGCGCAUACACCCCCACCUACCACGUCUACAAACCCUCCAACACAGCUUACAAGAAAUCCCUUCCCCCACCACCAGACUUCCACAUCUGCGUCCUCGACGCCCGCGCCACAAACGUCCCUACCAUGUCCCAAAUAGGCAGCUUGCUGGACUCUAUGCCGUCCGACGAAUUGCCAGCAGAUCGAAAAGUCGAAGCGAAGAUCAAGCACGGCAAGCGGAAUGUGAUUUUGGCGGUGGUAGACAUUGGGGUGGUGAGUUAUUUGCGGGUAGGAGAGGCGGAAAGUGGGUCGUAUAACGUCUGGGAGGCAAAGUCUCCGGGAGAGGGAAAGGGCCAAGAGGGAGAGGUGGUGGAAGAGGGGGUGCAGGUAGUGGACGAGGGCGUGGGCGUGGGCGGGGCUGAGGGGCCAAGAGGUGAGUGA